UCCUCCCCCUGUUGUCAAGAUUCAGAAAUGCUUCUGCUGCAAAAUAUUUCUGUCCCGACUAUCACGCCAUCAACCAGAAUAUCGUCACAAUAUCAUCUUAUUUGGAUCCUUGAUAUUGUGUAUUCACUUUAAUUAUGGAGGCCAUACACACCCAAGGUAUUUGGAUUGCUGAAGCACUUCAGCAAAGAACGAAGAGCCAAGACAAGCUUUGGUUGAUUGCCACUCACAUUGGGGAUCCCAAAGCUGCCUUCCUUCUCGUGUUCCCCUUGACUUACUUUCUCAACCGACGGACUGGAUUUACUGUUGUCUGGGUGGCUGCUAUUUCGGAGUGGCUUAAUCUAGUGUUCAAAUGGAUGCUCUUUGGGGAGAGGCCAUUCUGGUGGAUUGGAGAAUCCCGUUUAUUUGAGAAAAACCCUCCCAAACUCCAACAGUUUGCCUCAACUUGUGAAACAGGUCCAGGCAGUCCAUCUGGUCAUGCAAUGGUAACAGCAGCAGUGUGGUGGGUGAUGGCCUCAUCCCUGGGUUCUCUUCUCUACUCCUACACACGCAGCAUGUUGCUAUCAGCGGUUCCGUAUGUGCUGUAUCUGCUGGGGUUAGUGGCAGUUGGCUUCUCUCGCAUCUUCAUCCUGGCACACUUCCCCCAUCAGGUCAUAGCUGGCUCUUUGACAGGCUUCAUUCUUGGGGUAGUUCUGAGCCGUCAGGUUCCAGAAGGUCGCCCUCUGGUGUUUUUUGUGAGUUCCAGCAUUGGGCUACUCCUCAGUGCUUUCCUAAUCCACUCAGGACUGACAUGGCUGGGCUUCGACUUGUCCUGGUCUAUUGCGUUGGCUAAGAAGUGGUGCUCCCAUUCAGAGUGGAUUCGGCUGGACACAGCCCCGUUUUCCUCACUAACACGCGACUGUGGUGCUAUCCUGGGCCUGGGGCUGGCCCAGUACUGGAAGCCAGGUGGGUACACUCUCCCCUGUGCUCCACGUGCCCUGUGUCUGGCCCUCUGCUCCAUGGCUCUCUACCAUGUCCAUCGACUGCCUCUACCAAUCCAACCACAGCCCCUCUUCUACUUCCUCUUCUUUAUCAAGUUUACCAUCGUGCCCCAGGUGGUCAUGAUCUAUGUACCUGGCUUUGUACACCUCCUUACACACAAAAAGAAAAAUGAUUAAAAUGACACAUUCCUCGGAAGUUCAACUCUGGACACUGAAAGAAAAGUUUCUUUAGGUACUUUUCUUUUCAUACACACUCCUGUAUAAAUGGGGAAAUUGAUGGCAUUAUGGGUGUUGACUUCUAAGGAAGUUGUUAGACAAAUGCUAAAUGGCAAUUUUUCUGCUGAUGAUUGAAGAUUGUAUCAUGCCCAUUUGCAGGAUAUACAGUUGAAGUUAGAAGUUUACAUAUACCUUAACCAAAUACAUUUAAACUCAGUUUUUCCACAAUUCCUGACAUUUAAUCUUAGUAAAAAAAUUCCCUGUUUUAGGUCAGUUAGGAUCACCACUUUAUUUUAAGAAUGUGAAAUGUCAGAAUAAUAGUAGAGAGAAUUAUUUAUUUCAGCUUUUAUUUCUUUCAUCACAUGCCAAGUGGGUCAGAAGUUUACAUACACUCAAUUAGUAUUUGGUAGCAUUGCCUUUAAAUUGUUUAACUUGGGUCAAACAUUUCGGGUAGCCUUCCACAAGCUUCCCACAAUAAGUUGGGUGAAUUUUGGCCCAUUCCCCCUGACAGAGCUGGUGUAACUGAGUCAGGUUUGUAGGCCUCCUUGCUCACACACGCUUUUUCAGUUCUGCCCAUACAUUUUCUUUAGGAUUGAUGCCAUACAUUUUGUGAAGUGCACCAGUCCCUCCUACAGCAAAGCACCCCCACAACAUGACGCUGCCACCCCCGUGCUUCACAGUUGGGAUGGUGUUCUUCGGCUUGCAAGCCUCCCCAUUUUUUCCUCCAAACAUAACAAUGGUCAUUAUGGCCAAACUGUUCUAUUUUUGUUUCAUCAGACCAGAGGACAUUUCUCCAAAAAGUAUGAUCUUUGUCUCCAUGUGCAGUUGCAAACCGUAGUCUGGCUUUUUUAUGGUGGUUUUGGAGCAGUGGCUUCUUCCUUGCUGAGUGGUCUUUCAGGUUAUGUCAAUAUAGGACUCGCUUUACUGUGGAUAUAGAUACGUUUGUCCCUGUUUUCUCCAGCAUCUUCACAAGGUCCUUUGCUGUUGCUCUGUGGUUGAUUUGCACCUUUCGCACCAAAGUACGUACAUCUCUAGGAGACAGAACGCGGCUCCUUCCUGAGCGGUAUGACGGCUGUGUGGUCCCAUGGUGUUUAUACUUGCGUACUAUUGUUUGUACAGAUGAACGUGGUACCUUCAAGCGUUUGGAAAUUGCUCCCAAGGAUGAACCAGACUUGUGGAGGUCUACAAUGUUUUUCUGAGGUCUUGGCUGAUUUAUUUUGAUUUCCCCAUAAUGUCAAGCAAAGAGGCACUGAGUUUGAAGGUAGGCCUUGAAAUACAUCCACAGGUACACCUCCAAUUGACUCAAAUUAUGUCAAUUAGCCUAUCUGAAUUUUCUAAAGCCAUGACAUAAUUUUCUGGAAUUUUCCAAGCUGUUUAAAGGCACAGUCAACUUAGUGUAUGUAAACUUCUGACCCACUGGAAUUGUGAUACAGUGUAUUAUAAGUGAAAUAAUUUGUCUGUAAACAAUUGUUGGGAAAAUGACUUGUCAUGCACAAAGUAGAUGUCCUAACCGUCUUGCCAAAACUAUAGUUUUUUAACAAGACAUUUGUGGAGUGGUUGAAAAAUGAGUUUUAAUGACUCCAACCUAAGUGUAUGUAAACUUCCGACUUCAACUGUGGGCCAAAUGUUUUUGGUGUUAUUUUGUCUCAGCUUCUACUAUGUGUCUGUUAUUUCAAGCUAUGUAAUUAGCAAUGUAGCCUUCUUCCUUCUUAGAUAUGUAACCAGCAGUGUAACCUUCUCCUUCACAUAUGUAUGCAAUAUGUCAUUUUGUUUAGUUACAAUUUGAUUGACAAAUGAUCUGUAAGUGAAGGUAAAUGGUGCCACAUUCUGGUUAAACCUAAUCAAUUAAUGACUCUGUUAUAAUCAAGUAGGCUAGUGUGCUGUUCCCUCAGGCGGGAGUUGAUGUUAUGCUUGGCAUGUAACAUUAAAGAAAUCAAAAAGGAUCUGACAAUGAAAAUGUAAGGAUUACUGUAUGCUACAUAAGCAGCUAUUCAUAUCAUUCACCUGAAAGAUCAAAGCAAAUAAAUGACAUGCAUGCAGGAUGUUUUUCAGUUGGUAACCAUUUAUAAAUGUUAUUCUUCAAUACAUAGGUUUGACUGUACAGAUUACAAUCAGUUAUCAUGAGAUAAAAACACCAUUUUUUAUUAUUUUUAAUUCAACUUAUCACAGCGCUCUUAAAGCUCACAUUUACAGACAAAAGAACUCUGCUCAGCAAGCAAAUACAAUAAAAUAAUACAAAUAGAA